AUGCUGAAGGUGGGCUUGGUUCCGUGCUCAUGUAAGUCCCUGAAGGCUUCCACUAAUUUCAGCAGCCUUCGCUUGCUUUUUGUAUCACCAGUUUUGCCCAUUAACUGGCAAAGUGUCUCUCUGGGACUGAAGGUACCUCUCAAGGACUCUAUUAAAUGGCUUCCCAAGUCUCCUAAACUGUACGGUGGCCAUACCUGGAGCUCCCAGGGUUCUCGCUGGGCCUCGUUGAAAGGAAAGGAAGGUUUUCAUGGUGGUAACCUGUACAAAUUCAGCUCUGCUAAUGGAAAAUGGAGGGAAGGAAGAAUCAGCCCCGAGCAAGAAGCGGAGGAACUGGAGGAUCCUGAUGAUGAACCUAUUUCCAAGUUUUCUGGCAGCCUUUUUGAUACCAACGAUGGCAUGAGAGAUCAAAGAAACGCCAGAACAGCUCUUCAAGAAAAGCACAAGUCGGCGAUGAAGGGCAAGACUCUUCCAGGGACUAACACUAAGGUGCAACUACCCGUCUCAGCAGUGGGCAGCAUCCCUGGCGAGAAUGGCCGGAUCCCGGAGGAAUCGAGGGCGGUGGAUGUGCUGCAGCCCCCGCUGAAGGUCAGUUCUCAAGAAUCUGGAACCAAACCACUGACCUUCACAUUCGUACCAUCUGUUGGACGACUACCAACUCAUUUUGAGGUUGUGGAUGUCUCUAAGUUCCUUGUGACAAUUCCAGAGGAACCAAAGGAUCUGAGCAAUCAAGAAAUUAUAAAUAAGUCUCAUGCAGUCAUUGAUGAGCUGGUCUUAAAGAGUGGGGCCAGACAAGACCGCGUCCCCACCGUCGGUCCAGACAGCACCCGAACGGCUUUCUGGUCCCCGGGGUGUAACUCGAGCAAAGGAGAAAUGCAGGAGAAUGACCUUUUUAAGGCUGAGUUUAUCCUGAUUACGGACUCUGGUGAUGAAGAUGAAGUAGCCGCUGCCUCAAGCAACGUCCACCGGCCUUCCAACGGCUACGGUCCCAUCAGCGCCCAGCUGCUGGCCACGUCCCACGUUUCCCCUGGCACCGGAGCAGGGAGACCUCCUGGUGACGGGCACGUUCCAGGUCCUGCGCUUUCCCACAGCGCUGCUGAUCCACAGAAACAACAGCAGUACAAGAUCAAGACAAGCUACAAGGCAUUUGCAGCAAUCCCUACAAACACAUUACUUAUGGAACAGAAGGCAUUAGAAGAGCCAACCAAGACUGCUAGUGUGACUGAAGGCACUGCUUUGGACACCCAUUCAGAGAUGUGCUCCCCUGCCCAGCUCAGACAACAAACGGAAGAGCUGUGUGCUGUCAUUGACCAAGUUCUGCAGGACCCGCUGACUAUGCGCCGAUGCGAAUCUUCCCCAAGUUUCCUGCAGAUGAGCACGGAGUCAGAUGUUGGCAAGGUGUCAACAACGCUGCAGAGAGCAGCUGGGCGUGAAACAAGAUAUGCCAACCUUUACAAAUCGGCACCUAUGGUAACAGAGAGUCAGCUGACAAAACCUGGUGUCAUUCGUCCUGUGCUUGUGAAAGGGAAGAGUGCACAGCAAAAGGAGGAACCCUAUCAACCCAAUCCUUUUAAAAAGUACCUUGAAGAAAUCGGUGAUCAAGAUACUGAGCAGCCCAGUCAUCCCAUAGUGCCUAUUCCAGAAAAUGAAACACUCGGCUCUAAGGAGGUUGCCAAUGAAAGAGGUUCUGUUUAA